AUGGGUGCGAAGGACAAGAUGCAUGCUGCAGGAGGCAGCACAAGCUUGAUUGGAGACAACAUGGGACAGAUACUUAUGGUGAUGUUCGGAGCAUAUGUUGCAGUCGCACAUCGCUGGUGCCGGCAGAACCUUCUGCUGGCGACACUUGUGCCACUGUUGGUGGCUGCGCUGACAGCUUCUUCGCUGGCAUUCUUUCGGAGCGCGAAAAGAUGGCAUCCUUCAUCGAAACCGGAGGACGUGACAACAGAGUGCCUCCAGGCCGACGAAGCCAAGGAGAUGGCAGAAAAGGAAGAUGAGGAAGACGUUGACCCAAUCUGGAUGGCGGAUUGGACAAAUCGCGAGGAGAGGGAAGAGGUGGCAAGAAAGCUUCAAGAAGCAGAGCCUCCUCGCAAGGCUGAGGUGUUCGACCUCAAUGACACGCCAACAUGGCUAGCGCAGAUGCAGAAGCGCCGCGAGCAAGCGCAGCGGGCUGGAAAAGAUAAGCUUGUGCAGAAGCUCGAUAAAGAGAUCGACCAAGCGCUGAGCAAGUCGCUCACAGCGAAAGGCCCCGGGCUUCGGGCAGGCCGUGAGGCAGAGGAAAUGCACCACGAGGAGGACGUUUGGAGCAUGGAUUGGUCCAAUUGGAGAGAUGAAUAUCCCGUCAUGUGGAUAGGACUGUUGCGCGAGGCCGUGCGCUCCUCCUGCCUAGGCCCCUCUGCGCCCCACAAGAGGUCGAGUGCCGAGUCGACACCAAGAUCCUGUCCGACACCGACUCUAUCUUGGCCAUCUGCCCCAAGUCCGACGCAGAACUAUUUGAGCGCCUUCGGGCUGCCAAGUCCAAUGGAGCUGGAAGAACAGUACUCUGAGCUCUGCUUUCCCGCAGGCCUUUGUUCCCAGGCCGUGCCUACAAUCGCCUGCAAGCUUCGUCAGUGUGCCAUGCUUUGCAUGUGCAUCUCCAGGGGAACCUUUGAAACGAUGGAGGUUCACUCGGGAUCACUCGGGUCCUUGGAGGCCUUGGAGGCCCUGAUUUUCUCGGAGUGCUCGGAGCGACAGACCAGGCUGCAAAGAGCUUCAGAGCAGCUCCGACACCUGCGGCGCCUGGAGCGCGUAGCCUUGGCCGGUGCUGAUGUCCGGCGCUUGGCGCAGCUCCGUCAGCUUCAGCAGGAGCUCCUAGAAUUUGCCGAUCUUCGAUCUUUGCGGCCCCUGCGAUCUCGGUCUGGCGACGAUGAUGGUAUCCCCUCCGAAAAAGCUGAGAAGAGUGUGGCGUCCUUACUCCGGGAUGUGCGCCACUGGCACGCAGAAUUGAGACGGCUAGAGCAGCUCGAAGCCUUUCAGCUUGAGUCGGAGAGCUCUUGGAGCGGACCCUUGAGCUUGACCGCGGAGAUCUCGGUGCUUCGUCAAGUGUUGGCAGAACAAGAGGAGGGCAGAAAGGCUUGCGAGGAAUGCUUGCGCCUGCGACAUCCAACCAGCUCAGCGGCUUUGCCGUUGGCCGGGACAGCACCAAGCACUUUGAGCGCUUGCAAUGCAAGUGUGGCCGCGGGAAUUCGCUUGGCGACCGGUGCUGCGCGCGCCCAGCUCCCCAAAAUCCUUGGAAUCUACUCCCAGACAGUGCUUCGGCGAGCAUGCACAUUGCCCACUGCACCGGAACACAUCUUGGAACCCGAAGAGGAGCUCGUCCCUAAUUUGCCGCUGGACCGAACGAUCUCGGAGCCUCAUAAUUUGGAGCGUGUGCUAUUGGAUGCUCCAGACACGCCGCACAGGGCCAAGGUCGCUGAAUCAAGCGGACCAGGGCUCUCAAACACCAGUCCGGAUAAGCCCGAAGAGAAGAACCUCCGACGCCGGCUCCGAUUAGCCAGCGACAUCGUGGCAGAGACCGACUACGAUUGUGGUACUUCCAAUCGCAACGAUUGCGGCCUGCAGGUGUCGCCAGCCGGAAAGCAUUUCGGAGCCCAGCUCUGGAAGCCAAGCGCUUGCAGCCAAGCACUGCAGGAGUUGCCGCACCUCAGUCUGAGCUUAACUGCCCAAGCUGCCGUGGGUCACGUUUCUCGGUGUAUGAGCUGCGCAUGA